UACUAAUAGGUUGUCACUGAGCUCACUCUGCCAUGUGCUCGUAAAGUGUCUACAAAAAAUCUUUUUUUCCAGUUUAAGUCUUCAUACUUCACACUUCACACUUCAUAUGUUGUGCAGCUAAUAGAUGCCAUCAUUGUGACAUCUGUGUUGAUAUAAGCUACUAUCAGAAUGUAGAAACUUUAUGUGUUUUUCGGUUGGAUUUCUCAUGGGUCUUGCAAGGAACUUCUUACUACAGUCCCACACCUUGGACUUUUUGUGAUACCUGGAGCUAAAAAUGUUAGUGAAAGUGAAAGUGGAUCAACGUGGAGAAAUGUCCUUGAGUAGCUAUUAGUUAACAUUCCAUUCCUGUAGACAUAGUCUUCGCUUCAAAACAGAGCCCACGGAAACAUAUUAUACUCUCAGCGCGGCUGAUGUAAGACUACUGCUGGUACUCGCGGAGCUGAGGAAAGGAGAAAAUAUUGAAAAAUGGCCCUUCCUUCUGUUGGUAAUCCUGGAGGUUUUUCUGGUGACAGAACUCUUUUCGUUGGUUCGAAGGUACCACAGGAAAUAAAAUCUAUGGUAAAAUUACUAAAGAGUUCAGAUAAAUCAACGUUUAGGGAGCUUCUGAAAGCCGCUGUAUCUUCAUUUGAAGGUACGAUCAUAAAUGAAGAUUUUAUCCCGAACUUGUCAAAUGAGUGUGGUCAAUCAAGUGAUGCAUUGUCUAUAAUUUAUUCUGGGAUCUUGACACUACUGCGUGCAGCAUACAGACUUCCCCUGACAUCGUUAAAACAAGAGCUCUUCAAAGCGGACCUAUCAGAACUCAAAAUUCCACCAGAAUAUGCUACAGACUUUGCAAGUGCAGUGUAUGGACCAAAGAGAACAGCCAUUAAUGAUGCACUCGAGAGGGGCAGAGUGAGGUUUCCCAAGCUUGAUAAUUUCAGGUGGAGGGUAGAUGUUGCCAUAUCAACAAGUGCACUGAGUCGGUCAUUGGAACCCACUAUCAUGGCUGAGAUGACAUUGAGUGAUGGUAGAAUUCAAUCAUUUGAGAUUCCUGUUUCCAAGUUCCAUGAGCUGAGAUACAAUGUAGCAUCACUGAUGAAGGAGAUGGAAGAUCUUGAAAAGAAGAAUAUCUUAAAGAUUCAGGACUGAAAUCAAGAAUUUCAAAGAGACUAUUUUUAUACUUCCAUAUAUUUUGAUUAUGCCGACUGAUUUUCACUACCUGUUGCUACUUCAUUGUUCCAGCCUUGAAGGAGGUUAUAGCCAUUUGGUCUACUAAUGCAUGAUCCAAUUAUUGUGUACCAAUAUAAUGGUACCUAUGUGGUGUAAUACAAGUUUGUCCAAUACAAGGUUUUCUAGGCUAAACCCAUAUGGUCAAUCAUUAGUUUGGUGUAAUUGUUGUUAAAUCAAUCUAGAAGAUAUUGGAGACGUGUGCCUUUGCAUUGUGGUUACACGCACUGCUUCACAUGUUUCAGCCAUUUAUAACAAAAUUUGAUAAAUUCUCCAGGACUUGCAAAGAUUUUAUCUGUUAGUGGUUUGUUUAAUCAGAUAGACCAUAGAGUAAUAGCUCUAUGGAGAGACCAAGGGUUGUUUGACCAAGUGGCGUUUGACCAAGUGGGCAUUAGGCAAAAUGGGCUUGGUCUGUCUGAAUAUUGGACCAAGUGAUAAACAUGUUCACUGGCUUACAUGGUUAGAUGAAUUGGAUGAGUGGUAUUAUUGCAGUUAAAAGGAUGAGAUCAAAUGGGCAUAGGCCAAAUAAGGAUGGAUUACACCAAGAGUGCCCUCUCGUGUCUAAUGGUUCCACAGGUUAUGAUGUCUCCUGGAAGAGGGAUAGAUUCAAAGGGAGUGGGUUGUAAUGAUUAAUGGGGAAGCCAAUAAUUGUAGUACAGUAUUAUAUAAAAACAUUCUAUAAAAGAAGAGAUAUUAGAGAAACUGAAUGGUGAAAUUAAAUACUAAAAAUAUAUUACUUUUGUUCACAUGACAUGGGAUUGUUUGGAAAGCAUUUCAAAAAUUUAUUACAAGUCAUAAUAAAUGUUUAUUUUGGAGGAAGAGUAUUAAAGGGAUGGCCCGGGCUGAAAAUAUAUCUAAAUAAAUAGAGUAAAAUUCACAGAGCAAAAUGCUGAAAACUUCAUCAAAAUCGGAUAACAAAAAGUUUAUCAAUAUUUUGUGAAAACAGUAAUAUUCAUUGUCAUGAAUAUUCAUUAGGUGGGCUGAUGAUGUUACAUCCCCACUUUCCUUUUUCUGAUGUCAUUUUUUUCAUACAUGUGUAAAUGAUGUGUCUCCAUUAUGAUGAAAUGAGUUGCGGCAAUAAAUAACUAAUGCACUUAAUCAGUUGUCAAUCCAAUUGUUUUAGUUCUUGGUAUAAAAUUUUUAAAUAAACCUUAUUUCCUAUAAUAAAAUACAUGUACAAAAGAACAAGUGGGGAGAUGACAUCAUCAGCCCACCUAAUGAAUAUUCAUAAAGACAUGCCUAGAAGUUACUACCUAGAACUGUUUCACCGGAAUAAUGCAAGUCUUUAAAAUUCAAUAACUUUGUUAUUUGUUAUCAGAUUUUGAUCUAAUUUUCAGCAUUUGCUCUGUGAAUUGUACUCUAUUUAUUGAGAUAUAAAUAUUUCCAGCCUGGACUACCCUUUUAAACUAUUAAAGCAACUCUUAAGAAUAUGUGAUGUGAGCUAGUGUCAAAUGUUAUAUUUUCUCACUCAGAUGCUCUACUCCCUUGCAUACUAUUUCCUAUAUGUAAAAUAUUAAUAUUGAUUUACCUACCUAGUAAUUAAAUUGUGUGUAAUGCUACUAAGUCAAAGCAGAGAUUUCCCUUUGCCAUGAAUUGAACAAUGUAAGUGCUCUUUUAGACAUAAUAUUCUUUAGACAUUAAACCUCCCAUGGUCUUGAUCAAGCUCAAAAUUGUUUUCUUUGCAUUCAGAAAUUGGUGAUGCACACUUACACUGUAUAUGCUGAUAGUACAUUAUCUGUGUGCAAUAUUAUGUGUUGAUUAAUUGAUUUAUCAUUUUUCCGUUCUCAUUAAACAAUCAAACAAUGUACAUCGUUAUAAAAAUAAUAUGACUUUGUAAAAUAAAAUUUCUCACAAAAAUGUGUAAUUCAUAUUGAUAUUUUUAAAUAUAGAUUACACAUCUCAAGUUACAGGGAGUUAAAAAAACAUCUAACAACAACAACAACAUAUGCUCCAUUUUCUCUUUAUGAUUAUUUGACAUUUCUGAUGUAAAAUUUUGCCAAAUAUCUCCUUUUGAUUUCAUUAAAAGAGAUGAACUAUCACUCACUGUCACUCAUCAACCAUACGAGUACAUGUGCCUCAAUCUUUAUCAGCUUCCUUUUUUAAGGGAGAUUCAUGAAGUCUAUAUCAAAUUAUCAUCUUGGAUUUGGAUUUGAUAUGUCCCAUCAUUUAGAAUUCCCUGUAAAUCAUCUUAUGAAACAAUAGUAAAUGUUAGUAUAUACAAUAUAACAUUUUUGUAUCAAGUGUAUCAUACAUCCAGAUUAUAUAAUAAAGUAUUAAUUGUAAAAAACA